AUGCAUCUGGAAUCAAUCUAUGAGGAAGCAUCUACACAACAACGAACGCCUGAAGAAUUAGCAAUAGACCACGUGGAAGAUGACUGUGGCCACGAGUCCGGCAUUGAAUGCCAGAACGGUGCCUGCCUCGAUCAUCAGUGCCAUUGUAACGAUGGUUUUGGAGGCUGCUCCUGCGAAGUGCCAGACGAAAACGAAUGCAAGAAUCGACCUUGCGAUGUGUUUGCUCACUGCACCAACACAUUAGGAAGUUUCCACUGCUCAUGUUUUCCUGGCUACACAGGAGAUGGCUUUCACUGCCAAGAUAUUGAUGAAUGCCAACAUCCUGAUGCUUGUGGGAUUAAUGCUGUUUGCCACAAUAUUCCUGGAAAUUAUACAUGUGAUUGUUUGCAAGGCUAUGAAGGAAACCCAUAUAAUGGAUGUGCUGACAUCGAUGAGUGCUCAUAUCCAGGAGCUUGUGCCCCUGGAGCAGUCUGCAAAAACUCGGAGGGAGGCUACCUAUGUGCGUGUCCUCCAGGAACUACAGGAGAUCCAGUGCAAGGAAAUUGUAUCGAUGUAGAUGAAUGCUUAGGAGCACCUUGCGGGCCAGGUGCCAUUUGUGCCAACAUCCCAGGAAGUUAUGUUUGCAGUUGCCCACCUGGUUUCGCUGGUGACCCAUACAGGCAGUGUGAAGACGAGUGCAGUUCAUCACCGUGCGGCAAAGGAGCCAAGUGUGAAAAUCUCGUAGGAAACUUUAGCUGUGUCUGCCCAACUGGAUAUUCAGGAGACCCAAAAAUCAGCUGUACUGACAUCAACGAAUGUGCCCGACCAAAUGCCUGUGGAGUCAACGCACAAUGUUCAAACACAGAAGGUUCCUUCACAUGUUCCUGUCCAGGAGGGUUCUCCGGAGAUCCUCAUGUCUUCUGCCAGAGUUAG